UUUCUUCCGGCUUUCGGGUCAGCUCCAGCAUUGGGAAGGUUGUGUUUGUGGGAUGCUUACGGUGGUGGCGGUUUGUGGUCUUGCGUCUCGAUUAGGGUUCACUUCCUGCUGCUCCUGCCUGGGUAGCGGGAGGUUUUCUAAGAUCAUUAGUUCCUGAGCAGUAACUGGGGACCAGCCGGCCCUGAGUUAGGCCCUUUUGUGGCUAGGCCGGAGAGAGGAGUCGUUGGGGAAAUGAGGGAACCUGAGGAUGCAUGGAGGAGCUUCACAGCCGAACUGGCCUUCUAAGGACUAUUCUCGUUCUUCCCAGCUCUAUCCCGAAGUCCCUUUGGCGUCCUGAAGAAGGCACUCCCGCCCCGCGAGAUGGCGUCCCCGCUCCCGACAGUUGGGGCCCAGGGACCAAUGCUCUUUGAGGAUCUGGCUGUGUAUUUUUCUCAAGAGGAAAGUGUGAGUCUGCACCCUGCCCUGAGGUCCCUCAGCAGAGACACCACACCGGAGUGUUUCAAGGGAAGGGGAGGCAAGAUUGAGAAUAAUCAGCAGCUAAAUCUAAAAUCUAUGGGAAUUGAUGAGCUUCCCCUAGAAAAAUACUCCACUGCUGUGCCCCUUGUCUGUUACCCAGAAAAAUCCUCUGAGGAUGGAGUCCUUGAAAGCAAAAUAUCAGGUGGAACUUCUGCUUACAAGAAAAGGUUCAUAAGCCUUUUAGUUACCAUUGAAAACCACACCCCCUUAAUAGAACUAUCUCAGUGUUUAGGAACCAAAGCACUUUCUGAAAUUCUCGAAUUUCCCCACGAAGCCAGAAAUUCAUAUAAGUGUCCUGAGUGUGACCAAAGCUUCAAUGAUAAUUCCUACCUUGUUUUGCAUCAGAAAACUCAUUCAGGAGAGAAAAAGCAUAAAUGUGAUGCCCGUGGGAAGAUUUUCAACCACAGAGCCAACCUGAGGUCACAGAGGAGAAUCCAUAUCGGCAAGAGGCCUUAUAAGUGUUCUGAGUGCAGUAGCAGCUUCCGCCAGCAGUCAUAUCUCUCUCGGCACAUGAAUGUCCACAUUAAAGAGAAAGCCUACACAUGUGGCAUACGUGGGAAAGGUUUUACAUGUCCCCCUGGAUUGUCACAGCAUCUGAAAACCCACGAUGCCAAAAAAGCCUAUGAAUGUACCAACUCUGGUAAAUAUUUUAGUCAGAAAACAAAUCUUGCUUUGCAUGAGAAGCAUGAGGUGGCUUUGCACACAUCAGCUACCCAAUACCAGUAUAUUCAGUGUACGAAAUGCUUCAGGCAGCCCUCACAUCUUUCCCUCCCUGAGAAGGACCACCAGGACAACUCUGAAUACUGCAGCGAUUGUAGGGAAAACUUACUUUUGUUUUCAAAGUCCAAACCCUUAAAAUGUCCUGAAUGUAUGAUGACCUUUCUUCAUAUCUCUGAGCUUAUUUCCCAUCAGAACAUUCAUAAGGAGGAAAAGUCCCAUAAAUGCAAGACACGUGGAAAAACUUUUAUUUUGGAUUCAGACCUUGCAUGCCACCAGGAGAGCCACGCAAGAGAGGAACCUUUUAAAUGUUCUGUGUGUGGAAAAAGUUUCAAGUUGAAUGUGCAUCUCAUUACUCAUCAGCGAACUCAUUCGAAAAACAUCAUGUAAAUAUAGCAAAUUUUCAUUAAUGCUUGUGUUUUUCGGUAUACUAAAAAUUGGGAAACAGUUACCCUUUAUGUGCCAGGCAUUGUGCUAAGCACUUUACAUACAUUCCAUGUAAUAAUAUAUCAUUUAAUUUUCACUACACCCUUGAUUUAGGCACUAUGAUUUCUAUUUUAUAGUUGAAGCAUAAACAAUGUUACAGCUAGUGAGUGAAGCCAGGAUUCUGAUUAAUUACUGUUUAAAUUUCAUUUGUACGAGUUGGAAAAUGAUAAAUUUUUUAAAAUUCAACUUUCAUUAAAAUGAAGGUUGUUUAAUUUUGUUUACAUGGUUUCUAAGUGAAUUUUAGAGAAUUUAUUUUUUUGCCAGUUCUGCAGAUAUAGUAUCUAGGAAAGUUAAGUACUUUAAUAUCUGUGUUAUACUUGUUUUUGCUAUUACUCUCAAUGGAAUAUUUGUAUGAGAUUGUUAUUGUUUUACUCAUGAAUUUCUAGAAGGGUUUAGAAGCUUUUUUCCCCUUUGUGUGAAAAGUUCCCAAAUGGGAGGACUAGUUGGUGUCAUAAUGGCUAUUAGCAUCCAUGGUGUUCCUGUUCUUAGAUCUGAUGCUGUUGGCCUUUGUGAUUCAAGUGUUUGCAAGAAAUUUUGGCACUCUGACAAUAGCCCUUCUGGUGCCUGGAUUUGAUCAAGGGAAAGAUACUUUCUCCUCUAAGAGAAUUUACUUCCAAGUUUCUACUGAAGCAUAUUAUUACCAGCCUUGCUAUUUAGUGAGCAUGCUAGGCACUUUAGGUAUAUUAUGUAAUUUAAUCUUCAGAAUAAAUGAGAAAACUGAAGCCCACGGAGGGUAAAGUCAGUACCUUGCUCAAGUCACAAAAAUAGCAAUGUGCUGAAGCUGGCAUUUAGCCUUAGGUCUUUCUGACACUGAAGGCUGUGCAUUCUGUGACACUUGUGUUAUAUGUUAGCAUUCAUUUUACAUGUUAAUACCACAAACACCCGAGAAGGCUGAGACAGGUGAGUAAGGAUGGAGGCUACCCUGUACACAUGCAUCCUAGGACAGGUUCGUAUUCCCUUUGUGCUUUAUCCCAAGCCUGACUUACACGAAUGGUUAUAAAACAACAGAAAGACUCUCCAGGACUUCAAAUUCAAACUCAUCCCUAUGAUCAGAACAGAGAUUACAAACUCUACAGAGUACAGUCCAUAUAGUUUUAGUUGGAUUUUGGUUUAAAAGAAAAAUUCCUUCCUCUCCAAAGAAGAGACAUAUAGGAAUUGUUAGAGUUUAACCAAAAUACUUGAUAAUACAUAGGUCUUUAGAUACUGCUGAGACAUAAAUAUUGGAGCACAAUAUUGUUGUGGAAUGGUUAUUGUUAAAGAACCAGUCAGUCUUGUAAAUAUAUGUUCAUACAGAAUUUCUCUUUAAAGCAAAAUUGUGUACCUGUCAGCAAAACAGCAUUUAAGUAGGCUUUUGAUUGGGAUGUAAGAAUGGUCUUAUUCUAUUUAAAUAGUGUAUAUGCAUAGCACUUACUAAAAUGGGAUUCUCACUGGGAAACCUCAUGAGCAGUAGGACUAAGUGGAUGGAAAGUAGUACCUUGAAGAUGUGGUCUUUCUACAGAACAGCAGAGGAGUGAAUAUUCAGAAAUAUGCUGGCUAUUGCUGGAAGCUCUUAACAUUGGUUUGAGGCAGGAAGAUACUGUUGAUUAAGGAAAAUGGAAACCAAUAGCCUUAACACAGCUUACCCACUCCUUUUCCCUUUUGUUGUUCUUGCUAGUUUCUUGUUUGUGGAUCCAGUUGAGACCCUUUGCUCAAUAUGUCAAGGUCACACUUCACUCUUUGUUUCUGAUGUCUCUAAAGAUACAGGACACCAGUCCGCCAGGAUUUCAGGGUCUUAAAAAAGCAAGAUCUUGAGGUUUUUCUUUAGCAGGUCUCUUCAAGGUGCUCAGAAUUGUGUAGAAAGAUGGUCUCCAGUUAGAUUUCUUAUCAGCUGGCUCUGGAUAUAAUGAUCUUUGCUAAAUAUCAAAAAGCACUGUCUCCCUGUUCUGCUUCUGCCUUCGAUGGGAGCAGCUGGCACAGUGCUUCGUCAGCACAUGUUAGAGGCUCUCAUAGUUCAGUUGACUGAAGAGUUAGUUGGAGAAAGAGGCCACUAGCAGAGUUGCUGCAGAAGUAGGAAAGAUCAUUUGAGAAGGCGCUUGGAUAGAAUGGGGCUGACAAAAGAUAGUAGCCAUCAUUCUUUCCUUUGCUCCUAAGAAAGUAUAGGAAAAGGUGAGAUUUAUGCCAAAAAUGCUCUCUGCACCUCAAUAUGGAAAGUCACUUUCACAAUUAACUUCAGGUUUUCUUUAUUUUCCAGAUUUUAGAAGAUUAUGCCAAAUCUCCAUAAGAUUAGAAAAAUAGCACUUUUACAAAAACAUUAAUAUAAAUAUGAGUGUAAUUGCCUCUUUGAUAGUGUUAAUGAUUGCCAUGCAGAAAAAAUUUAAAGCCCUGAGUGUUACUGUGAAAGGCAUAUUUUCAGUUGCUGCCAUAUUGUAUACUUACACCUAAACCUUGAUGUAAUUCAGGCUGCUCUGAGAGCCCAAGUAGUUGAAAAGGUCAGUGUCCACCAGUAAGCUCCAUGCUGUUUUUUCAAUAAUUAUAGCUUUUCACCCUCCUGUUUACAGUAUCAACUGAUGAAGAUAGGUUCCACACAUUGUCAGAAGUAUUAGCCUACCAUGUUAGUAUGAACAAAUACUGGAUAAAAGUUAAUAUAGGCAUGAAAAACUACAUGCAGGAGCUUAUUGGUAUGAAUGAUUGGUUCACUACAUUUGUUGCAGCAUGGAUGUUGACACACUAUGCAGAGUGAAAACUUUGUACUGAAGAAAUUGGUGAACAAAUUUCUUGUUUUUUGUUGAUGCAGUGUUGAAAAUGUGUACCAAACAAGUUCUUAAUGUGAUUGCCAGAAUAUUAGGGCCUGUAAUAGCCAUCAUUGAUGAAAACAGUAUUACUCCAACAGAAUUCAGGUGUCAGCGGUUUACAUUUUGUAAUUAAAUUAUGGAAUCUAGUUGUUACUCUUGAAACAGUUGGACUCAAAGUUUUGUUUAGAACUUUGUUGUAAUAGGUAAUAGUCUAUUUGCAUCUCCCCAUUUAACAUAGAAAAUGACUAACUCAGUAAUUCAGGGAGUUAAAACUAAAAGCAAAUGACAUUUCACAGUGAAUGCUGUUUUGAGUCCGACUCCUGAUAAUUGGCACUGAUGUAAUGAGUGUAGCAUGUCAUACAGUCUGACACAGAUUUUGCUCAAAGUAACCUGCAAAUUCACUGCACGUAUGUACAAAGUAGGUUAUAGUUUAUCUGAGCAGUCUAUUUUGAAUUGUUCAUUAAACUUGUUAUCCCUAUAGAAUUUCAAUAAGAAAAUGUUUUUGCUUUGACCAUCUGUUUAAAAAGUAACUAGAAGUGUGUAUAUUCAUAUUUUAGUUUUGUAGAUUGAGAGUGCUAUUGAUCUGAUUAUAGUAUGACUCCCAUCUUUUCAGGCCCAUUUGACUUCAGGUGUUUUGUCUUUUAUUUUUUGACAUCCUACUUGUAUUAACAGUCUGGGGAGGGUGGGAAUAUGACCUAAGUAUAUUUACAGAAACCUGAGAAUAUACUGCAAUCUCUAGUUCGUUCGGAUACCUCAGAAGUAUGUUUAUUUUGAAUGCACUUGUACUGUUUAUGUUUUUACUGGUUUUGAUGUAUUCUCAUCAAACUUAGCUCUAGAUUUCAAGCUCUUACUAGGCAGUGAUAAUGUCUUUCUGAUGUACAAUUUGACAUCUAAUAAAUGCUUUUUUUUAUGAUGAUGGUAA